AAAAACUCUUUCUUCAACUAUUCUGCAGUGGCCGCGAGAAUUUCAAAAUUUGAAAAAGACCAAAAAAAAAAACUUGUGUAAAAUUCUCCAUUCCAAUCCGUUCAGUUACCCGUCGUGGUGACCAUGUAUAAGAGAGACGAUUACGUUCGAAAUAAACCCGACGGUGUCUUUUCCAGAUGGCAGGGUUUUGCCCGAUCCAUGCUUCUCCCCAAACCCUUUUCAGAAACUGCUGAAUUACGGAGGACUGUAGCGGACUACUCCUUAAUCUCUCGUGGUUUAGCUCCAAAGAUUCUGACAGGAGCCAAGGGUAAUAGGGAAGAUUUGAGAGUGGGAAAAGACUUUGUAGGUAGUAGAUACAGAGUCCAAGAAUCUAUCCAAGGUCUUGGUGUAGCUGUCAACAUUCAUGACGCAGAUGACAUUUCUCAUGGUCAAACCGAAAGCAUUAGAACUCGGCUAAGGUCUUACGGCAGACCUGUUCCCUUGCUUAAGAAACUUGGAGACAAUGCGUCUCAAACGAUUACUCAGAAGAAAAUUGGCAGCAGAAGCAAAGACAAGAAGCAUGGUUUUGAAGAAGGGAGAGAUGUCAGCUGUGUUGAACCUGAGGAGAAUAAUAAUACUAAUAGUGUUCAUGAUGAUAUUGUUGAUGGGUCUGAUUCUGCUUCUGUUUGUGGAGUCUUACAAGAAGAUGGUACUACUUGCUUGACAGCUCCAGUCACAGGAAGGAAGAGAUGCACAGAGCAUAAAGGGCAGAGAAUCACAUGUGCUCCUCCUGUUAAAAAACCACCGUGUGAAGAAGAGACCGAGGAGAUCUGUGGAGUGAUUUUACCUGAGAUGGUACGUUGCAGAAGCAAACCUGUUUCAGGGAGAAAACGAUGCGAGGAUCACAAGGGAAUGCGAGUCAACGCCUUCUUCUUUUUGCUCAACCCAACAGACCGUGAUAAAAUCCUCAAAGAGGAUAAGUCCAAACCCGAGACACGCACAAGCUCGAUGAACCAAGAGGAACCGGGUGAGAGUCAUUCAUGUGAAGCUACAACGAAGAAUGGUUUGCCUUGUACAAGAAGCGCUCCUAAGGGAACCAGAAGAUGUUGGCAGCACAAAGAUGAAGCUUUAGACCACAAAUCAUCUGAAAAUGUUAAGUCAACAACAGUAGUCUGCGGCGUAAAGCUGUACACUGGAUCGGUCUGCGAGAAACCUCCAGUAAAAGGACGGAAGAGAUGCCAAGAGCACAAGGGGAUGAGAAUCACAUCUUGAAUAAGCAAGCAUUGUAAGCACCUAACAGACGUGUAUGAGUUACACAUAAUAACUAAGUAGGUACCAAGUUAUAAAUAAGAAGCAUCUUCUUUGUUAUUCAUCAUUA